CUUCCCUCCCUUCACACAGCACAACUUCUAAAAAAGAAGCAGAUAGACAGGAAAGGACGAUUUGAGUGAUAACCAGAGUUGGUCUCAGGAUGCCUGCGUACUCCACCAACAUGAGGCUCAAGUUCCCCAUUUUGGCCUUGCUUUUGGAGAUUGUUACUAUCAUCCUAUUUGCAGUGUUUACGACCUAUGAUGAUGGGAAAAGUCACCACCACGACAAUGACGAGCACCACAAUGACACUGGUCCUGAAAAACCUUUGCGCCUCUAUCCCAUGUUUCAGGAUGUCCAUGUAAUGAUUUUCAUUGGCUUUGGGUUCCUGAUGACGUUCCUCAAGAAAUAUGGCUUCAGCAGUGUGGGCGUCAACCUCCUCCUGGCUGCCUUCGGCCUGCAGUGGGGCCUCCUCAUGCAGGGAUUUUGGCACAUGGAUGAUGGCAAGAUCAAAAUCGACAUCUUCAAAAUGAUCAAUGCAGACUUUAGCACAGCCACAGUCCUGAUCUCCUUUGGUGCUGUUCUGGGUAAAACCAGCCCUGUGCAGCUCCUCGUCAUGACGAUACUGGAGAUCACCAUCUUUUCAAUCAAUGAGCAUCUGGUGGCUAAUGUUCUGAAAGCUAAUGAUGUUGGAGCGUCGAUGAUUAUCCAUGCUUUUGGGGCCUACUUUGGUUUGGCAGUGGCGCGGGUACUUUAUCGACCCUCUUUAAGAAACGGACAUGAGAACGAUGGAUCUGUUUAUCACUCAGAUCUGUUUGCUAUGAUUGGAACCAUCUUCCUGUGGAUGUUCUGGCCCAGCUUCAACUCGGCCAUUGCUGACCCAGGCUAUACUCAACUGAGUGCAGUGAUCAACACCUACCUCUCUCUGGCUGCCUGUGUGCUCUCUGCCUAUGCCAUCUCCAGCCUUGUGGAGCACAAAGGAAAACUGGACAUGGUGCACAUUCAAAAUGCCACUUUGGCUGGUGGCGUUGCCGUGGGAACUUGUGCUGACAUGAACAUCCAGCCAUUUGGGGCCAUGCUGAUUGGAUUAGUAGCUGGCACCAUCUCUACACUGGGCUUCAAGUACCUCUCUCCCAUGCUGGCAUCCAGCCUGGGCAUCCAAGAUACCUGCGGAGUCCACAAUCUGCAUGGCAUGCCCGGCGUCCUGGGUGGGCUGGCUGGUAUUGUGUCUGUGGCUUUGGGGAAGAAGGAUGGCUCUGCAGCCAUGCAAGCUGCUGCCUUGGCUUCAUCCCUCGGCUUUGCUUUGGUCGGAGGUGCCAUUACUGGUUUAAUAAUGAAGUUGCCAUUCUGGGGACAGCCUCCAGACCAGAACUGCUUCGAUGACUCUAUUUACUGGGAGGUUCCCGAGGAGGAGGAAGAAAAUGAGGGGAGCUUGGCUCCUACAGAUCACUCAAAGAACAAAGCAGAAGCAUAAAGAUCUGCAUUUUCUUUCCUCUCAGCCAGAAAAGAAAACGUGAAUGCAUAGUUGUCAGUUAUGUUACUGUGAUUUGAAAUACACAAUAUGCAAACACAUGGUCAAUUUUUUUAAGUAUUUUCCUUACAAAGGUAUCUACUCACAAGCUGUGUUGCAUCAUAGUGCAGGUUAAAUAAGUAGAUAAGAAGAGCACUGAAAGAUUUAUACAUAAAGAUUAAUUCAUCCAAUUUACAUUUCAGGGAUUUGAUAAAUAAUGAUUUACAAAAUUUCCAUAUUUUCAUUCAAUACUUUCACUGCUGAAACACAGCUUCUUUUAUAAGCUUUACUUUGUCAUUUUAUAUUAUUGAAAAAAGCAAACAAGCAUGUUAUAAGAUAUCAGUGUGUGUUUUUCUUCAUAAAUUUCCUCACACCUGGCAUAUCCAUGUCUGCUCCGAGCGGAUGUAAACUGGGCUUUGAUCUGUUGCUUUGCAUUACCUCACUGGAGCCCAGUCCUCGUGUGAGGAGUCAGAGACUGACUGUGUGGAAAAGCAGCAAUGUGGCUCUGAUGUGGGCAGGGAUGGUUGCUUAAUGCUCCUGUAACUAAUUAAACUUUGUGUGAUUUCAAGCAUUUUCUAUCUUUUUAAGAACACUUGUACAAUUUAACUUGAGCUUGAUUACCACUGGGCAAGUUGGUUUUUGGUUUUUGGUUUUUUUUUUUGUUUGUUUUGUUUUGUUUUUUCUUUUUACAGCAGAUGUAUUCUUUUGUGUACAUACAGUAUAGUUCUUAUAUGGAUCGACAUGGUCAGUUUUGUCAAACCAAAUGGUAGUGAACUUUUUCUUUUUUUCAGAUACCGUGCCAAGAAUUAACCUUUUAAAACCCAAACAACUAAAAUGGGGAGAAAAAUCACAUUUUUAAUCUGAAGCCUUUAUUUGGCCUUUAACAAAGUGUAAAAAAGUCGUAAACAAUAAUAUUUUUUUAUACCAUUUAUUAUCAUAUAUGUUGAAAUUAUUGUAGUGCAAAAGGUAUCCACCAGGGGGCAGAAGACAAGUAUCAGAUAGUGUUCAACAAGUCUGGGCGAUAUUGCAAAUCAUGGUAUCGAUCAGAUACCAAGUCAGUCCAGGAAAAGUAUUUAAGAUACCAAUGAUUACUAAAACAAAACAGUACAAAUAUUUUUGUCAAAUAAAACAUAUUUUAUUAACAAACUGAAUGGCAGUGCUGAAAUUUAAAUUUAAGCUUUUGUUGUUUCUAAAAAUAUAAAAUAACAUCAAUAAAAUAAUACAAUAAAUCUGUUAUUCCCUUUAUCAUGCACAAUUGUUUGAGAAAAAGUCAUCAGUGCAAAUUAACAAAAUAAAACCAAAACCUACUAUCGGUUGGUUCUCAUUCACCUUUGACGUUUUGCCCCCAAAAAGCUCUCUGCAAGACAAAUAUCAAUCUCAUCACGCUGGUAGCAAACAAUACUAAUACUAGCCUUGGUAUUGAUACUACCAAUAUUUAAAUCAAUAUGCCCCGCCCUAAGAAAAUGUCUCAAAAACUGAUACAAACAGCAUUAAAGGGUUAAAUAAACAAGACCUGUUUGACCAUUUUUUACAUUUAUUACAUGCAUUAGCUAGACUUUUUUGUAUCUCUUUUCUUUGUUACAUCCUGUUUCCGUUUGAAUUCAAACCAUUUUGGAUGCAAAAAGCUCAUGUGUAUGUCAUAGGAUAGAUCUAACUUUGUCCACAUGUUGUUUUAAGCAUCACAGCACUGAAGUGCUGGAAGACAUGUUUUUAAUAUGUUUAAUAUUGAAACAGCACUGAGAACUCGAUGAAACUGACUACAAAUAGACACAAAGAUAUUCAGGUUUUUACUAAUGAUUUAUAUGCUCAGAACACUGAAGUGCAUCAAGAGUUGUGUUUUUAUACAGUGGGCAUGUGCUCCUAUUUGUAUAAUAUACUAAUACUGUCAUAAUAAAUAUGUUUUUGUACAAUA